CAUUGCAUUUAUAUCUUAUUGUGAAUGUUCGCUAUAAAAUGGACAAACAAGCUAACUUUUCAAACAUCAAGAAUUAUUUUUUUUCUCCAUUCAAAAAACUUCAUCCCUCUCUCUCCCAACCUUCUUUUAGAGAGAGAGAGAGAGAGAGAGAGAGAGAGAGAGAGAGAGAGAUGGGAUCUUGUGGAGUUAUGAACAACAGUUUGUUCCAAUCAUCGCUCUACUCACAUUACAGUUCAAGCUUGAUAUCUUCUUCCGGUACCACUCUUCCUGUCAAACGGCAAAAGUAUUGUGGGAUAUCAGCUGCUCAAGGGGAAAGUUACACGAACGAGACAAACGGCGCCGUUGUGAAGACGACGCCACGUACUCUUCGAUUUACUGGAGAAAAGCCGUCAACCCCAAUUUUGGAUACUAUUAACUAUCCCAUUCACAUGAAAAAUCUCUCUCUCGAGGAACUAGAAAAGUUGAGUGAUGAAAUAAGGGAAGAAAUAGUGUACACAGUGUCUCAAACUGGAGGACACUUGAGUUCAAGUUUAGGUGUGUCGGAGCUAACUGUUGCACUUCAUCACGUGUUCAGCACACCUGAUGACAAGAUUAUUUGGGAUGUCGGUCACCAGGCGUAUCCGCACAAGAUUCUGACAGGAAGAAGGUCAAGAAUGCAUACUAUACGAAAGACUUUCGGGCUAGCCGGUUUCCCCAAAAGGGAAGAAAGUGCCCACGAUGCCUUCGGAGUUGGUCACAGUUCUACAAGUAUUUCAGCCGCCCUAGGAAUGGCUGUAGCAAGAGACUUGUUAGGCAAGAAAAACCACGUGAUAUCGGUGAUAGGAGACGGAGCGAUGACAGCUGGACAAGCAUACGAAGCAAUGAACAAUGCGGGCUUUCUUGAUUCGAAUCUCAUAAUUGUUUUGAACGAUAAUAAACAAGUAUCUUUGCCCACCGCCACCGUCGACGGCCCGGCUCCACCCGUCGGAGCUUUAAGCAAAACCCUUACUAGGUUACAAGCCAGCACCAAAUUCCGCAUACUCCGUGAGGCAGCUAAGGGCAUAACAAAGCAAAUGGGAAACAAAACCCAUGAAAUAGCAGCUAAAGUAGACACUUACGUAAGAGGGAUGUCCGGAAAACCCGGUUCUUCUCUCUUCGAGGAACUCGGAAUCUAUUACAUCGGCCCGGUUGACGGCCACAACAUAGAAGAUCUUGUCCACAUUUUCAAGAAAGUCAAGGAAAUGCCGACACCGGGCCCUGUUUUGAUCCACAUUAUUACCGAAAAGGGCAAAGGAUACCCUCCAGCCGAAGCCGCUCCAGAUAAAAUGCACGGGGUGGUGAAGUUUGAUCCGAGAACUGGAAAGCAGAGCAAAUCAAAACCGAAGACGCUUUCGUACACUCAAUACUUUGCGGAUUCUUUAAUAGCUGAAGCGGAAAAAGACGAGAAGAUUGUGGCUAUACAUGCGGCUAUGGGUGGAGGCACGGGGCUUAACGUAUUUCAGAAACGUUUUCCGAAUAGAUGCUUCGAUGUUGGGAUAGCGGAGCAACAUGCUGUUACCUUUGCUGCUGGUUUGGCAACUGAGGGGCUCAAGCCAUUUUGUGCUAUUUAUUCUUCUUUUCUGCAGAGAGGUUAUGAUCAGGUGGUUCAUGAUGUGGAUCUCCAAAAACUACCGGUGAGGUUCAUGAUGGACCGGGCCGGGCUCGUGGGUGCAGAUGGGCCGACCCAUUGUGGGGCCUUCGACACAACAUUCAUGGCUUGUUUGCCGAAUAUGAUUGUCAUGGCUCCAUCCGAUGAGGCGGAGCUUACGCACAUGAUCGCCACUUCUGUAGCCAUCGACGACCGCCCCAGUUGCCUCCGUUACCCUAGAGGAAACGGCGUGGGUGUCACUCUUCCAUUAAACAAUAAAGGAACUCCUUUAGAGAUUGGUAAAGGAAGGAUCUUAAGGAAGGGAAAUCGAGUGGCGAUUUUAGGGUUCGGAACGAUAGUGCAAAAUUGUUUAGCGGCGGCGGAUAUUCUACAAGAGGUAUGCGGAAUAUUCGUAAGUGUGGCCGAUGCGAGAUUCUGUAAGCCUCUUGAUGGUGACUUGAUUAAGCAGUUGGUGCACGAGCAUGAGGUUCUUAUAACCGUCGAAGAAGGUUCCAUUGGUGGAUUUAGCGCACAUGUUUCACAUUUCUUGUGUUUGAACGGAUUGCUCGACGGAAACCUUAAGUGGAGGGCAAUGGUGCUACCAGAUAGGUAUAUUGAGCAUGGAGAUCAGAAUGGGCAGAUUGAAGAAGCUGGUCUUAGCCCUAAGCAUAUUGCAGCUACUGUUUUGUCAUUGGUUGGUGAAGGAAAGGAUACUCUCAGCUUCAUUAAUUUGUAAAAUAAAUAUUAUUUUAAAAAUAAAUUAUUCGAAGAGGAAGAAUGUCGAUUUCCGAGUUCUUUUAUGACGGUUGUAACGUCGUGCAAAAAGUAAAAUUCAAAAUAAAUAAUUUUUACGUGGUUUAAAUACAAUUAUGCUGAUUCAUAAUACAUCUUUAUUAUAAUCU